AUGGGCAGUAAAAGAUUGCUGUUGCCUACAAAGACUGGAGGGAAAAACAGAUUUUAUAGAGUAGGAGAUGCAGAGGAAAGAAAUCAAAAGCAAGAGACAUCAUGUGAUCAUUGUGGAGGUCCAAGAGUAGAGGCCUUCUACAGGGUCAGCCAAAGAUCACAUAUAGUCUUUGGCAUUGCAGCCGUAGCCAAAGCAAAAGUCAAAGACUUCGGCUUUGUAGAAUUUUUUUUAAAAAAAAGGGAGAGAGAAAGAGAAGGGAGGAAGAGGAGGGGGAGAGAGAGGCAAAAGGUGGGUCUGCGAGGGGGCGAAGGGCGCUGGCAGAGUGAGAAUGUGGAGGGUGCAACCACAUGA